AUGUCAAUUUAUACUGGUGAUGAAAAUGUCAGUUUCAUUCCAGAAAGUCCAAAAAGAAUUCCAGACUGCAACUAUUAUAGAAACCUGUGGUGGAAUAAGGGAGAGUUUAAUGAACAAGCAAGAUGGGAUGAAGUAACCCUGCCGCAUGUACUUGCUACGGGUGUCACCCCAGAGGAUUAUGAAGAACGUGUAGAAAAAUUUAACAUCCGUGGAUGCUGGGAAUGGUCGAAUAGUGAAGUAAUAAUCUACGAAUUUCCUUCCAAGCCGCACGAAGUUUGUCUCGCUAAGGUUGUUAAAGUAAUAACGGGUGCUUGUAGAAAUGCUGACAAUACGCCAGCUGAGAUUUUAGGUUUCGGUGCUACUAGAACACGUGAUGAAAACCGUAGAAAAGAAGCUGAUGCUUCAUUUCGACCGAGAAAACCAGCUGUAACUGCACCAGAUGGGUCUGAUGGAAUCAGUGAACCGUGGCCAAAUUUGGUCGUGGAAGUAGCCUAUUUUGAAACAUUGGGUCAUGUUGAGGAAACAUUAAAAUAUUGGUUAGAUCCUGAUCACGCCCACGAUUGCAUUAUUGUAAAAAUCGACCCUGUCCCCGAAGGCCAAAUGCCAGCUCGAAUGAGGGCUUGGCAUUAUUGUAAAGAAGAUCGAAGGACAAGAAAUACAAUUCCAUACAGAACUUCGUUUGAAUUUGGUACACAAGACGGUACAGGAGCUCCGUUAAAUAUUUUGCAAGGUCAAUGCAUCAUUAACAUAUCAUUACGCAGUCUUUAUCAUGAUUUAAAGCCUCCCACCCAAAUCCCUCUAAAUCUUAAUGAUCCCAUCCAACUGGACUUUUACUUUAUUCAACAAGCAUUCAUUUUAGCGUAUGACAAUUAG